AUGGUGCAGUCAUCAAAAGACGAGAUAUACAGAAUCUUAUUUGACACAGUGUACGAAGCGUCAAUUAAUUUUACCCAGUCAAUGAGUGCCAGACUGGCUGAAGACGAUCUUGACGAUCUUGUGCGGUUUCGUGCAAAUGCUUUUAGACGAGCAGUUGACCAGAUUACGACUAGUAUUGACGAACGCUUUAGUCAAAACGGUUAA